AUGACCAUGAUCAUUAACAAGCAACAAGCCCAGCCAGUGCAACAAGUUCAAAUAUUUUGUGAAGUAUGUGGAGAGGGUCACAUGAGCAAUCUAUGCCCAGCAAAUCCAGAAUCUGUAUAUUUUGUGGGUAAUGCAAAUCGAGGCCAAACAAAUCAGUAUGGGGACACCUACAAUCCCAACUGGAGGAAUCACCCAAACUUCUCUUGGGGUGGAAAUAAAGGCAAUCAGAAACAAUACUGGCCUCAAGCACCUCAACAACAAUCAAGUCCACCUCAGGCUGAACAACAAGUUAGCCUUGAGGAGAUGAUGAAGAAAUUGAUGACCGACCAACAAGCCCUCAAUCAGAAAUUAAUAGCAGAUCAACAAACUUUCAAUCAGAAAUUAAUAGCAGAUCAACAAACUUUCAAUCAGAAAUAUGGUUGGUCAGCAGGCUUAAGCCGCAACACUGAGAAAUUUGGAGCACCACGUGGGCCAACUUGCCAGAGCCCAAAAUACCAGACCAAUAGGGGCUCUUCCUACAUUAGAAGAAGUUCCAAAGAAAAAGAAGAAUAUAGCUUAUCCCGAAGGACAUUAGUUCCCAAGCCAGUUGAGGGGAAUAAGAAAGAUGAUAAAGGACCCGAGCCAGAAGUGCCUAAGUAUGCAAGGUAUCUCAGAGAUAUUGUGGCAAACAAACGAAGACAUGCAGAGUUCGAAACAGUUGCACUUACUGAAGAGUGCAGUGCCAAAGUUCAGAGUAAACUUCCUCCUAAGUUGAAGGAUCCUGGGUCUUUCACAAUUCCUUUGUCUCUUGGAAAACAAGAAGUUGGUAGAGCCCUGUGUGACUUAGGGGCUAGUAUAAAUUUGAUGCCAUCCUCUUUGUUCAAGCAACUCGGAUUGGGAUUGCUUAGACCUACUACAAUCACUUUACAGUUAGCAGAUAGGUCACUAGUCAUGCCAGAAGGAAUUAUUGAGGAUGUGUUAGUUCGAGUGGGAAAGUUUAUUCUUCCUGCUGAUUUUAUUAUUCUUGAUUACGAGGCAUAUGAGGAAGUGCCCAUUAUUUUGGGGCGACCAUUCUUAGCUACCGGUGGAGUAAUUAUUGAUGUGAGGGCAGGGAAGUUAAAAAUGAGAAUUGACGAUGAGGAGGUCACUUUUAAUGUGUACAAGGCACUUAAGCUCCCUAAGCAUUAUGAGGACUUCUGCAUGAUUACUGUGGUCGAAUUGAAGGAAAUAGAGCAGAGUCAGCAUGUGAAUUAUAGUGAUCCAGAUGGUACAACUGAGUUAGAGGAGGUGGUGUUUCCAGCUGAACGUGUAAAGAUGAUUGAGAAAAGAGCCAUAGAUAAAAGAGGAGACCUUCCGAGAGCUUGCAAAAAGGCUAGACUUCAUGGGAGAAAGAAUAAGAGAAAGCGCCCAACCUGA